CUGAAGAAGGCUAUGUGAAAGCUCUAUUGAUUAUUUUAAACGGGGGCGUAUUUUCUGUAUAUACACCUGAAAAUAGUCAAUAAACAUAGCGGGAUUGGCAGCACGUCUACGCCAGACAGACAACUGCAUCAUUACAGUACAAUGCCACCUAAGAAGAAAAGCGAUGGUCUGCAGGUGAAGAGUCCUGCCGAAUUCUUCGCCAACAACAAAGGAAUUGCCGGAUUUGACAACCCGGGCAAAUCACUGUACACAACGGUCAGGGAAUUUGUUGAGAAUUCAUUGGACGCAGCGGAAGCCUGUGACACUCUGCCAGAGAUCAAAGUGGUGAUUGAGGAGAUAGUCAAUGCUGAUUUUAUCGGCAACAAAAUCAACAAGGGCAACAAGAAAACGGACUACUACAAAGUGACUGUGACCGACAAUGGAAGCGGCAUGCGACACGAGGAUAUACCAAACAUGUUUGGCCGUGUGCUGGCGGGGACCAAAUAUCAGGUGAAACAGAACCGAGGUAGAUUUGGACUGGGUGCUAAGAUGGCCUUGAUUUGGGCGAAGAUGAGCACAGGGCAGCCAUUGAGUGUGCGAAGUAGCAGAGGCCCUAAUAGCAAAGUGACGGAGUGUACACUGGAUAUAGAUAUCUACAAGAAUGCGCCCAGGAUCAUCCGACAUGUGGAGGUACCCAACACGGAAGGCUGGAGAGGCUCGGAGAUCACGGUUGUUAUUGAAGGAACCUGGACAACAUAUCGAGCUAAGAUCUUGUCAUACAUGCGCCAACUGGCCGUGAUCACGCCUUACGCCGAGUUUUCGCUUAUACACGUGUCGCUGAAAGAGGACAAGUCGUUCGAAGUGCGGUACGCCCGCAGAACCGAACAUAUGCCAGCGCCGGCAUAUGAAGUGAAGCACCAUCCUUCCAGUGUUGAUUUGAUCGUUCUCAAAAAGAUUUUGGGUGACGCUGCACAUGCCAAUAAGAAAUUGAAGCGAACUCUGACUCAUGAAUUCGCGGGAAUCAGCUCAGUAAAAGCGAAUGAAAUCAUAGAGCGCAUGGGAAGAGACAAGAUGGAUGCGAUAGCUGAACUUGAGGAAAAGGAUAUUAAAUCACUUAGGGGAAUCUUCCACGACACCAACUUUCCGACGCCUGAUGGUGAUUGUUUAUCUCCAGCUGGGGAGUAUAAUUUGCGCCUGGGAAUUAUGAAGGAGCUUAAGCCAGAAAUGGUUGCCACGUGUCAAGUACCCGCUGGUAUAUUCGAGGGCCAUCCCUUCAUCGUGGAAGCUGGCGUAUCUCUGGGUGGAAAGAAAGUGAGACAGGGUAUUAAUGUGUACCGGUUUGCCAAUCGUAUCCCGCUACUGUUCGAGAACGGGGCGGAUGUAGUGACGCGUACAGCAAUGACCAGGAUCAAUUGGAAAUCUUACAAGAUGAAUCCGACAACUGACAAAAUUGGAGUAUUUGUAUCUAUAGUGAGCACCAAGAUACCAUUCAAAGGCACUGGAAAGGAAUAUAUUGGUGACGAUGCCGAGGCUUUAGCAAUUAGUGUAAAGAAAGCGAUCAUGCUGUCGUGCCAACAGCUGUCGAAAAAACUGGCUAAGGCACAUUCACAGAAAGCCAAGCAGGAGAGGAAAAAGAUGUUGACAAAGUACAUUCCCAAUGUUUGUGACGCGAUUAUGACAACACUGCGUAAGAUCGACACAAGCGAGGAUGCCUUGAGCGCUAAAAGGUUACGGCUCGAUAGUAGAACGUGUGUAAAUUUAACAGAUGACCAGCGCAAAGCAAUGACUAGUCAUCAAGUACUUAACGGCGUGAAGUCGAAAAAUGUCACAGUGGAAGAACUCAAGAGAAAAUUAGAGAUACAUGUGGAGAAGGCCAAUUUCAAUGAGGCGAUGGACCUGCAAAUGAGCCGCGCCACACAGGACAAAACACUAGACCGCGUCCGUCUACACAUCGCCGAUUGGCACCCAAAGCUACCGGCGUGUUCGAAUAUGAAACUUCAACAUCCCCAGCUGAAGAUCAGCAUUAUGUCAGGAUCCAUUAUUGAACAGUAGUCUGAGGUUUUGGAUAAGUUAAAUAUAUAAAUAUCAAGCGACGGAGAUCCCGCAGAUCAUAAUCAACUAUUGAACUCACCUUGUAGCUUACCCUCAGCAAGAAUUCUUACAAAGAGAGCAUUUGCAAGCAUAGCCAGGCUCAAUUCGGAACCAAUGGUUUUAGUGCGAGAAAACCAUAGCCCUAUUUCUUCGCAGUUGACAG